AUGGGUGUAACAGGGCUGCUACCGAUCCUCAAGUCCAUCCAGAGGCCGACGGAGCUGAAGAAGUUCAAAGGAGAGACGUUGGCUGUUGACGGCUAUGGAUGGCUGCACCGCGCCGCCUAUUCAUGUGCCCCCGAGCUGGCCCAAGGCAAGCCUACUAAGAAAUUUAUCAAUGCGGCUUUGCACCGAGUGAGAAUGCUAAAGCAUUUUGGCGUCACACCCUACAUGGUAUUUGAUGGCGAUUAUCUCCCUAGCAAAGCUGCUACCGAAGAAUCUCGCGCCAAGAAGCGAGAGGAAAAGCUCAAGAUUGCCAACGAAUACCUCAAAGCUGGAAAAUCCUCUCAAGCAGUGCAAGAGUUCCAAAAAUGUAUUGACAUUACGCCAGAGAUGGCGUCCGCCUUGAUCCAAGAGCUGAAGAAGAUGGAUAUCCCAUACGUCGUGGCCCCCUACGAAGCCGAUGCUCAGCUUGUUUAUCUCGAACGCAUUGGCUUGGUCGGAGGCAUCCUUUCAGACGAUUCAGAUCUGCUGGUCUUUGGUGCCAAGCGGCUGCUUACCAAGCUGGAUCAGUACGGAAAUUGCAUCGAGAUCAACCGGCGAGAUUUCUGUGCCUGUCGUGAAAUCUCUCUGACCGGCUGGAGUGACACAGAGUUUCGACGAAUGGCAAUCAUGAGCGGCUGCGACUAUCUCAACGGUCUUCCAGGAGUAGGACUUAAAACAGCAUAUCGGCUACUGCGAAAGUCCAAAUCCCCAGAGCGCAUUGUUCGCAUGCUGCAAUUCGACGGGAAGCGCAUAUCGGAGAAUUAUUUGACCUUAUUCUAUCAAGCAGAGCUCACGUUUUUACACCAAUGGGUGUUUUGCCCCACGAAGAAGGAACUUGUCCACCUCACAGAACUAGAUGCGAAUCGUACGGCGGAGGAGAUGCCUUUCAUCGGAUCCUACGUCGAACCAGAGAUGGCUCGCAAAAUCGCAAGUGGCGACGUGAAUCCCAUUACAAAAAUUCCAAUUGCCCUGCCUAUCUCGCCGUCUAAACGAAGGCACUCUCAACUCGCUACGCCUACCGAAACCCGUCCACAGUCCAAGCCCAUCAAUUCAUACUUCAAAGGUCAUCAUCGGAUACCUAUGGGUGAGAUGGACGCCAACUGUUUCUCCGUGGAUCCCCAACGAAUUUCGCAAAUUACUGCCGGGGGGGCUGUUUCGCGCGUGUUUCCAUUACCGAGACCUUAUAUACCCGGAUCACAGCAGUCAGGACAGUCAGGGGAAGACAGUGCAAACUCUCAUCGGACAACACAAGCCGCUCCACGAACUUCGCCUCGUUUGAAUCGACGACGAACAGAGCCGAUUGCAAGUCUGCUGGCCAGCGUCUCAAACAGUCAACCUCCCCAGACAGACGCUUCCACUAGGCCCCCGAAGAAGGCCCGCCUGUGUGACGAUUCGUUUGAUGUGGAGGCAGACGGCUCACCCAAAACGAGUCGGUUUUUUCCUGCCAAUAAGAAUAAAGCCACCAAAAAGGAUCCGCGAAAGACGAAGAGCGAGGCAUAUUUGCUUUCAGACGAUUCACUGGAUGAAGCCCUCAAUAACUUACCUGACAUUGAAGAGUGGGCGUCUGGGGCUCGGUCGAAGAAAGGGGUGUCAAUCUUUGCAGAUAAACCCAAGGCGCCGCCUCCUAGUAAGCCUGGAAGUACUGCUCAAGAAGGUUCUACUCAGCAGGAUGCAACACCACCAGAUAUCGACCAGCAAAAGGCCAGCCAACAAGAUAUCGGCCAGCAGAAAGCCAGUCAGCAGGAGACGAGCCAGCAGAAAACCAGCGAGCAGGAGACAGGCCAAGUCGCAGAUGCAAGCCAAGUCACAGGACUCACUUCCUUGGAAGCCGGCCAACAGAGCCCUAUUGACACGCCCAAAUCUUCAGUCGAUGACUUGGUGACUCUCCCCAAGCCACUCUCCCCCAUCUCUGAAACCAUCCAUACCCCUCCUCGUCCAAGUUUUACCCGCUUUGCCCACUCUUCCAAAUCAUCGGCUACACCAGCUUCAAGAUCUUCGCAAUACUCAUCUGUGUUCACUCCCGCAUCUACUACCUCCACUGCACCAUCCACUGCCCGGGCAAGACAAACGCCCCUUCAACGCAUGGGUGCAUGGGCAUUGAAAGAAGGCCCGGCAUCAUCUCCGAGUCUCCCCGCGUCACGAAAGGAUGUUGACAAAGGCCUUGGUGCUAAAGGGGCGAUCAAUCCUGCACUUGUCCCUCUUCCCAAGGUGGAUUUGAAUGAGAUGGAGGCGUUGAACAAGCCAUGCGGAAGCGAAGACCAAAUCAUCCCCGAUAGCGACGGGGAGGAAGAGGACGAGGAAGAAGAGGUCAAGCUCCCAACCAAAAAGCUCAAUCUCGCUCGGUUCAUCUAUUCUUGA